GACGGCCUCCAGGUUUAAUCAGCAACAGUUACCCAAAGGAUUUUCUACUUGGUUUACUCUGAUGCUUGCUUUUGGGUGGAGGGAGGGCCUAGGAUGAUGUCAAAUUACAGUCUUUCCUCCUCCCCUCAGGAAGUAAAGUCCACUGGCAGGAGUGCCUAAAUUGGCUCUAACCCUGGGCUCUCACAAUGCUUGCUUGUUUUCACAGGGCAGAAGAAUGAAACGCCUUAGAAAAAGAGCAACAUUCUGGAAAAUUGUAUAGUUUCUUUUUCUUCCCAGAUUGUCUCAAGUCUGUGGAGGAUUCCCUUGCUACACACCACAUCAAAGGAAUCUUCUGCAUUUAAAACAAACGAAGCAUCAUGCUGAAGAGGGAGGGGAAGGUCCGACCCUACACGAAAACCCUGGAUGGAGGUUGGGGAUGGAUGGUUGUGUUUCAUUUCUUCCUGGUAAAUGUAUUCGUGAUGGGGAUGACCAAGACUUUUGCAAUUUUCUUUGUGGUUUUUCAAGAAGAGUUUGAAGGCACCUCAGAGCAAACUGGUUGGAUUGGAUCCAUCAUGUCAUCGCUUCGUUUUUCUGCAGGUCCCCUAGUUGCUGUUACUUGUGACAUAAUUGGAGAGAAAACUGCCUCCAUUCUUGGGGCUUUCCUUGUUACUGGUGGAUAUCUGAUCAGCAGCUGGGCUACAAGCAUUCCCUUUCUUUGUGUGACUAUGGGAUUUUUACCUGGUUUGGGUUCUGCUUUCUUGUACCAAGUCGCUGCUGUGGUCACUACCAAAUACUUCAAAAAACGAUUAGCUCUUUCUACAGCUAUUGCCCGUUCAGGGAUGGGACUGACAUUUCUGUUAGCGCCUUUUACAAAAGUCCUGAUAGAUCUAUAUGACUGGACAGGUGCCCUUAUAUUAUUUGGAGCAAUCACAUUGCAUUUGGUGCCUUCUAGUAUGCUCUUGAGACCCACCCAUAUCAAAAGCGAGAGCAAUUCCGAUAUUAAAGAUAAAAGUAGCAGUUUUUCUGCAAGUAGUCCAGAGGCAGCAUGUGGGACAGAAACAUCAUGCCGCAAUGAGAUACAAGAGUCUGCCAUCAGGGACAAUACUAUGCAGGAUGGACAACCUGGUAUAAGUUUAACAGUCUCACAAAAUCAAAAUGAAGAGUUCAACAAUGAACCUAACAGGAACAGACUCUUCCAAAAAACUAAUGAAGAAAGUUAUGGCAAUAAGACUAUUUUGUGGAGCUGCAAACAAAAACUCUUUGAUUUUUCUCUUCUUAAGAAUCCUUUUUUCUACAUAUUUACGUGGUCUUUUCUCCUCAGUCAGUUGGCAUAUUUCAUCCCUACCUUUCACCUGGUAGCCAGAGCCAAAACACUGGGGAUUAAUAUCAUGGACGCCUCCUACCUCGUUUCUGUAGCUGGUAUCAUUGAGACAGUCAGUCAGAUUAUCUCCGGAUGGGUUGCUGAUCAAAACUGGAUCAAGAAGUAUCAUUACCACAAGUCUUACCUCAUCCUCUGCGGCAUCACUAACCUGCUUGCUCCUUUUGCCACCACAUUUCCACUACUUAUGACCUAUACCACCUUCUUUGCCAUUUUCUCCGGUGGUUACCUGGCAUUGAUACUUCCUGUACUGGUUGAUCUGUCUGGGAAUUCUAUGGUACACAGGUUCUUGGGGCUUGCCAGUUUCUUUGCUGGGAUGGCUGUCCUUUCUGGACCACCUUUAGCAGGCUGGUUAUAUGAUUAUACCCAGACAUACACCGGCUCCUUCUACCUCUCGGGCAUAUGCUAUCUCCUCUCUUCAGUUUCCCUUUUCUUUGUACCAUUGGCUGAGAGAUGGAAAAACAGUCUGACCAGAAAGAGAGAGGACUGCAAUCAAGUGAGAGCUUAACAAAACAAAGUCUAAACUAAAAGUCACUGGAAACAAAAGCAUGGAAGAAAAGUACCCGCAUUUGUAAACUAAGAAGGUGAACCACAUAAUUUUUUAAGGUUCCUUUUUGCUUUAGCACUCUGAAGAAUGUCUAACUGGUGGUAAGAAAAGAGUAAUAGCAACUUAAAUUAAACUCCGUUAGUAUUUAAUCAAAUAGGCUAAAAUUUUAAUCAGUUGAAGCAGUUACUUUAGAUAUUAAAUGAAAAUCAGAAUGUACUGUAAUAAUAAAUUAACCAAACUCUCAGCUGUGCCAUGGUAAUUCAGUCGCAAAAAUAUGUAAAGACAGAAAACCAUUUUCCUUCAUAUAGAGCAGUAUUAAACAGAGUCAUUGAACUCUGGAAUGUGAAUGAACAUUGAAACAUUGUUUAGUGACUGGAAGAGUAUACACCCCCCAAAUAGUUUAUCUUUGCUUCUUAACUAGAGGUAAUCUUUGUUUUCUUUCAUUAUUUUGUUUCUUAAAUUUUCUAUAAUAAACAUGUAUUGCUAUGUAAUAAAAAAAUAAAUAAGAACUGCUAAAAAAAGAAAAAACCCCACAAACAACAAACCUUUAUUGCAAGAUCAUUUGAAUAGUAUUCCUACUCAUCCAAACAAUGUUACUUUUUCACUAUAUCUAAUUAUCUGGAAUGUUCAAGCUAAAUAUCUAGACAUAUCUUCAGAACAAGUUUUAUAUGAAAGUUGAAUAGGUGGCUCUUAACGGGAGAUAAACCAAAAGAUGUUUCUUAAAUAUGGAAUAAUUAUGUUAACUAAUUAAUGUCACUUAGACUAAGCAACUACAUGUGGAUAGAGAGCUCUUCAUUAUCUGGGUGAUUUUAAAAGGAAAAAAAGACCACCCUAGAGUUCUCUGCAAUACCAACCUCCUCUAGAAUCUCCUUCAGAAUGGUCCUCAAGACUAUUAUUACUAUUAUUAUUCCAUCUUUCCAUUCCUCUCUGCUUUGAAAUAUCUACUAAUUCCCUAUAGAGAAAAAUCCUAAACUGAAAGCCUGGUUUUAGCUCCAAAAUGCCACACCCUCUCACUCUCUACGUGUGCCUUUGUACAAGCUGUGCCACCAGUUACAAUCCCAAUGGCUUGCCAUUCUCCACCAGGCACGGUCUCACUUAUCCUUCACAAUCUGACUCACCAAAAGCCUCUGGAAAACCUCCCCCAGCAUUGUCAUUCUCUCCUCUGUAAUCUCAUCUAACUUUUUUUUUAAUUAAUUAAUUAAUUUUUGGCUGCAUUGGGUCUUCAUUUCUGUGCAUGGGCUUUCUCUAGCUGUGGCAAGCGGGGGCCACUCUUCAUAGCGGUGUGCGGGCCUCUCACUACCGAGGCCUCUCUUGGU